AUGACCAAAGCCAAAGGAUAUGACUCCACAUUGUCUAAGGGAAAGUGUGUAUAUGUACAUAAAUGAAAGUCAGGAAGCCCUGAGAUAGAUCACUAGGAGGCUUAAAUAUGGUGAUAAGAUCCACAUACCAUAAAAGCCUAGCAUAAAUCUAGAACAAUCAAAGUAUGAGAAUGAAACGCCGAAUGCCAUGCACCAAAGGAAGGAAAAAGCAGAACAUUUCUUGUCCCUCCGACAACAAAAAAAAUGACAAGCAGGUGCAAAAGGAAGUCAUAAGAGCAACAUUAGGCCAUCAACAGAAUUUGGAUAAAAUGAAGAACACGAAAAAUCCAACAAUAAUAGUCUGUUACUACAGAACAAACAAGAAAAUACAUCAGAAUCAGCUGGAGUCUGAACAAGAGACCCCAGAGAGCUCUGAUGAUCCAAGCAGUGGCCUGUCAGUGGCAGAGGCCAGAGAUCUGGGCCUAUCUACAUGAGAAUGCAAUGGAGAAAGCCAACUACAGAGAGACCACAUCUGAAAAAUAGGGGUGAUGACAAUAAAAUCAAGGUAUCAACAACAAUAACAAAAAUUAACCAAUAAAUAAAGAUGCAAUCUAUAUGAA